UGCACCCUAAUUCAGUAUUGUUGGUUUGAUUUGAUGACCAGUGUUAAAAUUUAAUAUGGAGAAAAUUAUACUAUUUACAAAAAGUCAUUGGAAAAAAUUGAGUAUCGCAUCAAUUCCAGUUGUGUAUGGAAUUAUCUACAUUAAAAAUGAAUAUCAAAUUUCUAGGCACAUGAGAUAUGUUUGCAAUGAGGUUAACAAGCAUUCCAUUCCAAAGCCUACUAAUGUUCUUGUAGUUUUGAAUCCUGUUGCUAAUAAGAAGAGUUGCGAAAAAAUGUUUAUAAAAUAUUGUGAACCUAUUUUGCAUAUGGCUGGAUACUCAGUGGAAGUUGUUAAAACGAAACAUAUAGGUCACGCAAAAUCAAUAAUGGAGACGCUUCAUCAAUUGCCCGAUGUAGUUGUUGUUGCUGGUGGUGAUGGUACAUCAUCAGAAGUUGUAACAGGACUACUACGAAGAAAUGAAGAAAUAUGUCCCAUUUUAUUUUUGCCAUUAGGAGAAAAGAGUGAAACUGCGUCCAGAUUAAUAGAAAAUGAAUCCAAAGGAAAGUUUGGUAUUGUAAAACAUUUAUCACAAUGUGUGCUUGCCUUAGUUCAAUACCGUAUACAAGAUCGCCCUGUGAUUAAAUACGAACUUAUAGAGAAUGAUCAACAACAUGAAGUCCGUAAACCAAUUUUUGGUUUACUUGAUUUUUCAUGGGGUAUACUAAAGGAUAUAGAAAUUAAUAAAGAGAAGUACUGGUAUUUUUGGAAAUUAAAGUAUCAUGCUUCCAUUAUAAUUACAUCUUUAAGUGAUAAGUUGGAUCAAACUAUUUCAGCAAAUCUUAUAACCACACCACCAUGUCCUGGAUGCAAUAAAUGUGAAGUUUAUACAAAUAAUAAAUCCUGGUUUAAUGUUUCUAAAAUAUUAAAUCCAUCAUUACCUCAACCAAAAAGUUUAUUGGAGAAACACAAAUUUUGUUCAAUUGAAAAAAGUUACAAAAUUGAUGCUAAACAGAUUGAUAUUACAUGUCACAAAAAUUCGAAUUCAUUUUUUGAAUUAAACACUGAUGUAAUUGAAAAUAUUUCCACUCGGUCUGAGUUUCUAAUAAAUAUGAUAAAAGAAAUGCAAAUACAACCUUCAACAUCACUCAAAAGUCGAUCAAUAGAGAUAGUAACCAUUCAAACCGAGCACCAAACUUAUUAUAUAGAUGGUGAAGGCUAUGAUGCUCGACCCAUUAAAAUAACAUUUUUGCCAAAUUCACUAAAAUACUUUUAUUAAUUGUAAAUAAAUAUUUUCUAUUUAUGUGUAUAAAUAAAUGUAAAUAAUUCAUAACAAAUAAAAUAAUAAUAUAGCAAAAAAA